AUGUCUUCAAUUAUAUUUAAACAAGAAGCAACUAAUGACAAUUCACCGACAUCAAUAUCAACUGGGGAACAACUAUGUAUGAAUAUUACUAAUAAUAGUAAUAAUAAUAAUAAUGACAUUAAUUUAAACCAUAAUAAUAUUAAUAUCAAUAACUCAGGUAAUGAUUAUUUAAAUGAACAAGAAUUUCAUUUAAACAAUUUUAUAAAUAAUAAAACAAUUACUCCAAUCUCAUCAUCAGUCAAUAAAAUUAAUUCAAUGUUAUCAAUAUCGAAUAAUUUAUUUGGAAAAACAUUUCAAAAUCCAUUUAUUCAUUUAAAUUUAACUAGUCAAUUUAAUAAUCAAUCAAAUCAUCAACAUCGUCAUCAUCAUCAUCAACAUCAGACGGUUAAUGAUAGUGACAAUUCAGAAUUUAUUAAUUCUAUAGAACAACAUGAAAUGAUACAUAGUGAAGGAAAUUAUUCAACAUUGACACCAACAUCAUCAUCAUCAUCAUCAUCGGAAUGUUUAAAAUUAAAAACUAUGAAUAAUAUACCAUUUUCAAGUGUCAAUGUUAUGUUGAAUAAAGAUACAAUUGAACAACAGUUCAAUGUUCAAAAAUUAAAUAAUACUCGAAAUAAUAAUAAUAAUAAUAAUUUAAAAAAUAAUUUAAUUAACUCAUCAUCAUCAUCAUCGGUAACAUUGACAAAUGGAUCAAAAUCUUGCACAUCUAAUUAUUCACAUCAUCAUCAUCAUCAUUCAAGAACAACAAUGAACACAGGAACAACUAGUACUAUUACCAGUACUACUACCACUACUACAAUGUCAACUACAAUAAAUCAAGAUUGUGGUAAUUCAAUACGUUCAACUGUACAAAAUCGAUUGAAUAAUCGUCAUCAUCAACAUCAACAUCAUCAUCAUGUUCAUCAUUAUCGAUCAACAUCGAUAUGUUCAAGAGCAUCAUAUAUGUGUCGUAAAUGUAAAACACAUGGACAUAAUAUACCAGUUAAACGACAUAAACGUACAUGUCCAUAUACAAAUUGUAAAUGUAUUAAAUGUCAUCUUGUAGAUCAAGGUAGAAAAGUUGUUGCUAAACAAAUAGCUCUAUAUCGUGAUCAAACUGGUAGUUCACAUCAACGUGAUAUACAUGAACAACAAACAAGUUUUAAUCAUACACAAACAUCUGCUAAUCUACAUUGGUUACAACCAUCCUCUGAAGUUACGGUAUCAUCACCUUCGUCGUCAAUAACAGCAACAACUACCACUCUAUUAUCAAUGACAGCUACGAAUCUGGAACAUAAUAGAAUUGAUGAGGUGAAAAUCAAUAAAAACAUAACUACACCUAGAAAUAGUACUCGUUUAUCCAAUAAUAAUAAUACUACUACUACUACUACAGGAUUACAUAAUCCUUCUUUAUGUAAUGAACGAAUCAAUUCAUCAUUUAUUCCAUUAUCAUCACAUUCUAAUUCAAUACAACCAAUGGUAACAACAUUAAUAAAUGAUGAUAAACAAACAUUAACAUCUGGUCCACAUUGUCGACGAUGUCGUAAUCAUUCAAUAGCUGUUACAUGGAAAGGACAUAAAAAAACUUGUCCAUUUAGAAAUUGUCCAUGUGAUCCAUGUCGAUUGAUUAAUGUAAGAAAAGAUACAGAAAAAACACUUAGAGAAAUGGUAAGUCAUAAUGAAAUAAAACCUUUCACUAAUAUUUUCAAAGAAAAUCGUAAUAAUUAUUCAACGCAUAAAUUAAAAUCAAUUGUACAAAUGAAUUCAACAUUGAACGAGACAAAUAAUCAAACAGACUAUACAUAUAAAUCAUCAACACAUUUAUAUAAUGAUCAUAAAAUUAAUCAAAAUCAUUUUAAUGACAAUGAAAAUCAACAAAUCAAUGAGAAUUCAUUAUUAUUGAAACCAUUGAAAUCAUCACCAUGUUUAACGCAAUUAUUACAUGUUAAUCAAAAUAAUAACGAUAAUAAUAAUAAUAAUAAUAAUAAUAAUAAUAACCUUCUUGUGAAUACAACUCGUUCACAAUCAAAUCAUAAAUUGAAUUCACCACGAUCAAAUUCGAUUGAUUCAAUUCUGUCACAAAAUAGUUCAGAGAAUUAUCUUAAUGAAUCAUCAUUGCCAACAUCGUCUACAUCACUUUUUAAUAUGAAUCAUCUAAAAGAUCAUACAAAUUGGAUGAUAUCAACAAAAUCAAUAAGUCAUCACAAAAAUUCAGACUUUUUAACUGCUCAUGAUAUGAGUCAUCUUUCAUCCUCAUCUGAUUGGUGGAUUCAACCAACAAAUUUAUUGAAUAAUAUAUCAACUAUUACUACUACUACUACUGCUACUACUUUAACAUCGAUAUUAUCUCCAUCUUCAUUAUCAAUGUCUAUAAAUUAUCCUGCACAGAAUCCAUUGACCACUGUAAACUCAACUGAUUGUUGCAUUCCAUAUGAAACGAGUUUGGGACAUAUUUAUCAAAAAAUCAAUAAUAAUAGUAAUAAUAAUAAUAAUAAUGAUAAUAAUAAUAGUACAGAAUUCGAUUCAGCAAUUACAACAGACUUUUCACAAAUGAACUCAAUAGAAGAUUAUUAUGAGUCACCAAUUAUAAAAUGUGGUUUAACCAAUGAGACUAAUGUUAAUUUUCAUCAAAAUGAUAAUAAUAACAAUAAUAAGAAUUAUUAUCAUGAUAAUUCUGAUUAUUUUGGUCCUACUAUCGAUUUUAGAAAUCCGUCACCUUAUUUAUGUAGAAUUAAUCGAUCUCAAGCAUACAAUCCAACGAUAAAUAGCCUGAAUAAUAAUAUAAAUAUACCUGUCAAUAAUAAUAUUAAUAAUAACUGUGCUAAUCAUAACAAUAAUCCUAUGACUAAUAAAUUCAAUUCAUAUUUCACUUCACAAUUACCUAAUGAAACAGCUUUCUAUUGUCCUGAACGUGUAUCAGCUGUAGCAGCAGCAGCUGCUGCCGCUGCAGCUAUGGUUGCAAUGACACCAGCUAUAAAUAGUUCACCAAGACGAUGUUCUCAUCAUCAUUAUCAUCAUCAUCAUUGUUAUGCACAUACACAUUGUCAUAUGAAUCAAAAUUUUCGUGAAGAUUUACCACAACGACAUGAACCAGACAAUAUUGAUGAUGAUUAUGAUGAAGAUGAUGAGGAUGAUAUUGUUGAACAUGACAAUUUAUUAAUUGAAACAAAUACAAUAGAUCCUAAACGUUAUCAUCAUUAUCAUCAUAUGUAUAAUCAACCUAUUGCAAUUCAACAUCAACAACAUCAUAAAUCUUAUGAAACAUUAGAUUCUGAAUUAUAUUCAAAUUUAGGACAAAAUCGAAUAGUAAGAGAUGAAUGUUCUCUUGGUGAUAGUGAUAUCUAUGUAUCAUCUGCAAUGGAUAAAACAUGUAUGAUAACUGGAAAUUCACUAACUUAUAAUGAUGAAUAUGAAGAUUCACCAACUGAAUAUUAUACAAGAUUUAAUAGAUCACCAAGAGAUUGGAUAGAUAAGGAGACUGAUGAUAUUCAAAAAUCUCAAGAAGAAUUAACACCACUGAUACGACAUACUGGUAAUAAUAGUAGCAGAAAACAUGACUUACCAAUAACUACAACAUUUCAAUGCAUUUCAUCAAGUAAUUGUAUGAUGUCAUUAGCAUUGAAUCAAUUUACUGUAGAUAAAUUUCAUGAUUCAAAUGUAACUACAAUUUCAUUAGCUUCAUCAUUUAUACCAUCUGAAGUAAAUAGCAAUUUAACAGUUUCUUUUCCACGUUUUUCUACAAAUACACCUACAUCACAAACAUUGGAUUUUAUAAAUCCAAUAUGGCGUAAUCAGUCAAAUUUGAAAAUGAAUUCUUUAUUGUCUGAUACAUACACACAAAUCAAUAUGUCUAAUAAUAAUCAUAUUAUUCAUGAUGAUGAAGAUGAUGAUGAUGAUGAUGCUGAUGAUAUGAACGAUGAAAUUAAUGAUAAACAAUUACAUUUAAGAGUUUCACCAAGUCAUUCAAUGAUAAAUAAUUCAAAAUUAGAAUUCACAAGACAUAAUCAAUCUGAAAAAGGUAAUGAUGAAAAUUUGUCAGCUUGGUCUUUACUACAGUUUAAUAAUAAUAAUAAUAGUAAUAAUAAUUCAAGUGCAUUGAUGAGUAAAAGAAAUGUCGAAUCAACAGAUAGAAUUACCGAUGAAAAUUCAACAUUGAAUGGAUGA